AUGGUACGUACGUACAAAAAGAAAAGAGGGGACAGAGUAUCAACAGAUGUGUUGCAAAGAGCGCUGGCUCAUUACAAGAAUACUAUCGAUGGAUACAAGAAAACAAGUCAGUUGUUUGGCGUACCUCUUUCAACGCUACAAGAUAAUGUGAAAAAACUAAACAAGAUGCCCGAAUCAGAAAGAUCAAUUUCGAAUAUGCGUUUCGGAUACCAAAGGCCUAGACAAGUUUUCUCAGAUGGAGAUGAAACUGCACUUGUUGUGUACUUAAAGCACGCGUCGACCAUUUACUUUGGACUGUGUCCACGUGAAGUAAGACUUUUAGCAUAUGAAUGCGGCAAGCAAUUUAACAUCAAAAUGCCAGCAUCGUGGUCGGAAAAGGAAAUAGCGGGUGCCGAUUGGUUCUCUUCGUUUCUAAAACGUCAUUCGGAACUUUCACUCAGGACCCCAGAAGCAACAAGCAUCGCUAGAGCGACAGCCUUUAAAAAAACAAAUGUAUCUGAAUACUUUACCAAACUGACGGAAGUGACGGAGAGACAUAUGUUUGAGGCAUGUGACAUUUGGAAUGUCGAUGAAACUGGAGUGGUGACAGUGGUAAAACCAAAAAAGGUUGUAGCAGGUACUGGUGUUAAGCAAAUAGGAUCUCUAACAUCAGCUGAGAGGGGACAACUAGUCACGCUGUGUGCUGGUGUAUCCGCAGGCGGGAAAGCAAUUCCACCGUUCCUUAUUUAUCCUCAUGUUAACUACAGAGACCAUUUUCUAAUUGGAGCACCAGCGGGUUCCAAGGGAACGGCCCAUCCAUCUGGUUGGAUGACAGCUGAUAACUUUCUUCUCUUUCUGCAGCACUUUGUUCAACAUGUCAAACCAACCGUGAAUAAUCCAGUUCUCAUUUUGCUUGAUAAUCAUGUCUCUCAUCUCUCCAUAGACGCUCUUGAUUACGCCAAGGAGAACGGGAUUGUUAUGUUAUCAUUUCCACCGCACUGUUCGCAUCGCUUGCAGCCACUGGACCUGUCGGUCUUCGGACCACUGAAAAGAAAACUGUCGGUGUCGUAA